AUGGAGGAAGUCCUGCAGAAACUGGCCGAAGUGACAGCCAAGCUGGACGAUCUUCCGAAGCUAAUGCUCGAAGUGGGGGCGCUUAAGUCCAACAUGGAUGAAGUUAAGCAGAGCUGCAGUAAAAUUGACGAGUUUGCCGCUAAGCUGGAUGGUAUCGACAAACGCAUUAUGUCUUUAGAACUCCUUAAAGAUGAAGUUUCUACAAUUAAGGCAUCAUUCGAGUCCCUUAAGGAAGAUUUUGCCCAAAAGGACCAGUGGUCCCGACUUAAUAAUGUCGAGAUAAAGGGCAUACCUAUUAAGAAGAAUGAGAACCUUUUUACCGUGGCUAAACUGCUGAGCAACCAUGUGGGUUAUCCUAUUGAAAAUUCCCAAAUCAACUAUAUAUCCCGGAUCCCGAUACAUAACUCCAAGGAGAAAUCAAUCUUGAUUAGCUUCUUAAAUAGAUAUGUGAAAGAAGAGUUUAUCUCAACAGCAAGAGCUAAGAAGAUAACUGCUUCAGAUAUGGAUCUGGGUCCAGCAGAUCAACGUAUUUACGUGAACGACCAUCUGUCGCCUAUAUACAAAAACCUACUUACUAGGGCUAAAUCUCUGGCGAAGGAGAAGAACUAUAAAUACGUUUGGUCCGUGUACCUGUUGUUGUUGCAAGCCGGCCGGGCCGCUUGGACGGGAUCGGUAUGA